UCUUGUAAUAGACUCGGCAUUUCUCCUGUUUGUUACCUCCUCAGUCCUCCCUCCGAAUAAAAGGCUAAAACCCUCCCCUCCCCUCCCCUCCUCUUCCUGAAUCCUACAUAAGUCCUGAGUGCUGACGGCAUCAUCGACCUUUUUUUUUCUUUAUCUAUCCCUCGGCGGGCGCCCUCUCCUUCCACCCGGAACCCAUCUCACCACGGCAGGCACCGGAGCAGGUGCUCAGUUCCAAGAAUUGUCAGAUGCAUGCUUUUGGUGGAACAAGACGUAGUAGUAAAGCUGAAUCUGAUAUGCCGAAGAGACUUGAAACGAGCAGUGUAGAGCCGGUGCGGGAACCAUACAGAGAUGUACCGGUGAAUCUUAUAACUGCCCCAAGAAAUGACAUGCCUACUCUUCAAAAUAUUUGGGCUUGUCAGAAGAGUUUUCUAAAUGUAUGUGGUAAUGAUGCCGAUAUGCUUUUCCCUGGUCCUUUUUCAAGCAGUACAAGAAUACUUCAUGCAAAUCCCCAAGCAAUCAAUAGAUUGCAUGACGUAAGAGGGUUCUUUGAACUAAAAGAUGGUCAUUUUGACGAUUCAAAGUUCUCAUCAAAUCCUUUAAGAAAAGUCUCUGGAAACUCAUCACUUGCGGACAUUGGUGCUUCAGGAGUUAAAUCUCUUGGUCCUAUAAUCAGUAGUAGGAUUACAAGCACUGCAAGUGGUUCUUCAAAGGCUGUAGAUUCAGUGGAAUGCAGAACACAUAUUGAGGUUUACAAUCUUCCUAUGCAGAUCACACAUUCGAUGCUAGAUGCAGAAGAACAAACAGGCAGAAUGUCCAGUAAUGGUGAAAAUCAAAAUUUCAAUCAGAGUUAUGCACUGAUGAAGCCAAAAUCGAAUGAGCAUUACUUCAAUCUAGCGGAGGCUGAUUGUAAGGAGAUAGUUCGAUCAAGCAAAAGCAAAAACAAGAGUGUAGCAAAUGAUAAGCUUCGAAGAGCCAGGAUAUCAGAAGGAAUAAAAGCACUUCAAAAUUGCCUACCAUAUUCAAAGAAGAGGAACAAAGAAUCUGCCUUUGAUGAUUUAAUUGACUACGUCAAGUUUUUGAAACUACAGCUGAAGGUAUUGAGUGAGAGCCGCUUAGAUGGUGAAGAGACUGAUCAUCGCUUUGUUCAUGUUGAGGGUUAUGGGCACUAUUUGCUUCAUCCGCAGAUGUCUGCAGAGCCGCUUGGAGAAAUGAUGGGCCAACUGAUGGAGUCCAACAUGCAGGUUGCGAAUCAGCUGCUCGAGAGCAAAGGAAUCGCUUUGUUCCCCUUGGAAUUCGCAUAUACCCUUCUCCGGAGCAGUUGAAACUACUUGGUGACUAAUAAUUGAUAUUUUUGAAUAUUCAUGUUAAUAUGAUCUAUGAGGUCUUCACUCUUUGCAGCACUAUAGUUGGAUCUCAGUUGGGAGUUGAAUUGCUAGGCUUACAACUCUUUUGUUCCUUGUAUUUUUGCUGAAUGAUUCCCUGUGGAGGCAAUUUUGAAAUAUUCUGGGAGCAACUGCUGGGCGCGGUACUCCUUGCCCUGGAAAUAUUCUGGGGCAAUUUUUCUACAAAAUAUACAAUGAUAGCCACACUGGCACAAAUGUGUAGAUUGUUUUGUUGGUGCUUUUGUGACAUGAACAUGUUUUGGUCGCAUUGGAUACUAAGAUCUGUCAUCGUCAGGUGGCAAAUUAGCUUUCCGAUGUUCGAUCUGUAUUUGCUUGAUCGAUUGCAAGUUAUCUGGUUCAGAGGGAGGAA